AUAAUUUCCCAUAUCCCCACAUACCAGAUCUUUCCCAUAUCUAAGCAGAUCAAGAUAAUUUCCAUGGCUGGCCGAAGUGUGUUUGUGUUGCCACCCCUUGGCCUUGGAAUAUUAUGCCUAUUGGCGAUGACCCUCGCAACUGCAGCAAGGGAACUCCCCAUUAAGCCUGGACACAUGCUCGCAGCGAGGCUUGAAACAAGCGAAGGCCUAGUCCCUUGCUGGAACGCGCUCAUGGAGCUCAAAUCCUGCUCAAACGAGAUCGUCCUCUUCUUCCUCAACGGCCAGACCGAUAUCGAUCCAGACUGUUGCCGUGCCAUUUCUAUCAUAACCCAUAAUUGCUGGCCUGCCAUGCUUACUUCCAUCGGUUUUACAGCCGAGGAAGGCAAUAUUCUACGAGGCUAUUGUGAUGCAGCCUCAGCUCCUGCUGCCGCUCCUUCCUAAUCUGGGACACCAGUACUACUGCGUCGUCGGGCUUAGUACUCCUCCAGCUAUAUAUAUAUUUGUCCGUUUUCAGUUUGCAGUUAUGUCUGGUAUUUCUAAGAGUGUCUUGCUUUGUAUUGGUUUGUUUUCCAUGGAAUCAUUUGCUACCUCGGGGAAAUAGAGUGUUUGCAUGUCUGGUACGUUCUACUUCCAAUAUGGGUGUCAUGCACGGUUUUGAUUUGUAGUUGGCUAUGUAAUGAUCAUGACCCUUACAAAUAAAAAGUACUUUGUCCAUUUUUUUUUU